CACAUGGAAAAUAUUUAUGGCUACUUAAUGAAAUAUACCAAUCUUGUCACUGGUUGGCAAUAUAGAUUUUUUGUUUUAAAUAAUGAUGCUGGCCUGCUGGAGUACUUUGUGAAUGAGCAGUCAAGACAUCUAAAGCCCAGGGGUACCUUGCAGCUAGCUGGAGCUGUAAUUUCACCCAGUGAUGAAGACUCUCACACCUUUACAGUGAAUGCUGCCAGUGGGGAGCAGUAUAAACUAAGAGCUACUGAUGCUAAGGAGCGGCAGCACUGGGUUAGCAGGCUACAGAUCUGCACACAGCAUCACACGGAAGCUAUUGGAAAGAACAACCCUCCUCUGAAAUCUCGCAGCUUCUCUCUUGCGUCCCAAGGAAGUGCCAGCUCUCCUGGUGUGCAAAGAAGACCCAGUCAAAAUGCAGUUUCCUUUUUCAAUGUUGGACAUCACAGAUUGCCAACUGGAAAAAGAGUUCCCAUUAUGCAGCCAGAUCACCUUGUAGAUGUUAGAGAGAUGAUGUCUCAGGCUGAAGGCCAGCAGAGAGACUUGAUCAGGAGCAUAGAAUGCCUUCCUGCCUCCGGUCACCUUACAUCCUUGGAUCAAGACCUAUUAAUGCUGAAAGCAACUUCUAUGGCAACCAUGAACUGCCUAAACGACUGUUUCCAUAUUCUCCAGUUACAACAUGCUUCUCAACAAAAGGGAUCCUUACCAGCAGGAACGACCAUCAGUUGGUUGGAACCGAAGAUACCUCUGGCAAACCACUUCAAAAAUGGAGCAGCUCAGAAUUUCCCAGCAGAGGUAAACAAACCAGCAUCGGUCAGAGAAGAGCAGUCCAUUGCAGAGCCCUGCCAGCUAACAAGGGAACCUGAAGAAAUAAAUCCCGAUGAGGAGCUGGAGGAUAUCUGUGAUGAUAAAGAAGAUGAUCUAGGAGCCGUGGAAGAACAGCGCAGCGUUAUCUUGCAUCUCUUGUCUCAGCUGAAACUUGGCAUGGACUUAACAAGGGUGGUUCUUCCCACUUUUAUUUUAGAGAAGCGCUCGUUGCUGGAGAUGUAUGCAGACUUCAUGUCCCAUCCUGAUCUCUUCAUUGCAAUCACCAGUGGCACCAGCCCCGAGGAGAGGAUGAUCCGCUUCGUCGAGUAUUAUCUCACUUCCUUUCACGAGGGCCGCAAGGGAGCUAUUGCAAAGAAACCCUACAACCCCAUCAUUGGGGAGACAUUUCACUGCUCCUGGAGGAUACCAAAGAGCCAAGUAGCCACUGAUGCUGGCACUAACUCCUCUGCUCACACCCCAUCAGAGCAAGUAAUUCUGUCUAAAGAUCUGGAAGGCCAGACAGAGCUGGACUACUAUACAGUAAAAUUCGUAGCCGAGCAAGUGUCCCACCAUCCUCCUGUCUCAGGGUUUUAUGCUGAGUGUGUAGAGAGAAAGAUGUGUGUCAGUGCCCACGUCUGGACAAAAAGUAAAUUCUUAGGGAUGUCAAUAGGAGUGACAAUGGUUGGUGAGGGUCUCUUAAGUCUCUUGGAACAUGGGGAAGAAUACACAUUCUCUCUACCCUGUGCAUAUGCUCGGUCAAUUUUGACUGUUCCCUGGGUAGAACUGGGAGGGAAAGUCAACAUCAACUGUGUGAAGACUGGGUAUUCUGCAAGUAUUAACUUUCACACCAAGCCCUUCUAUGGUGGCAAGUUGCAUCGAGUCACAGGUGAAGUGAAGCAGAACGCGACGAACACAGUGGUGUGCAGAGUGCAGGGGGAGUGGAACAGCAUCCUGGAGUUCACCUACAGCAACGGGGAGACAAAAUACGUGGACUUGACAAAACUGUCUGUGACAAGAAAACGGGUUCGGCCCCUCGAGAAACAAGGACCGUUUGAAUCUAGGAGGCUAUGGCAGCAUGUAACAGAGUCUCUGCGGGAUGGAGACAUUGACAAGGCUACGGAGCAUAAGCGAGCCCUUGAGGAACGGCAGAGGAAUGAAGAGAGGAUUCGUGCUGAAACAGAAACACCUUGGUGUACCAAAUACUUCCUUAAAGAUGGAGAUGGCUGGGUUUAUCAUAAACCCCUCUGGAAAACAGCAUCUGCUGUGCAAACUCAGCAAACGGACACUAACUAGAAAAGCUGCUUUCAGAUGAGUUUUCUGAUUUUCCUCUCCUUUUCCACUGUCUCUUAAAACACAGUAAUCACACUGAGUGUGCCCUUUUUAUGUAAUUGUGGAAGUUUAAAUGAGCAUAAAGAAAUAAGUAUACUAGGGCACUUUAAAGCUAUUAUAAAAAAAAGUUGUAGAGACAAACUUGACAGGUACAUUCAACCAACUUGCUUUUUGUAUGAUCCA